AGAUAAACAGGUAGUCCAAGUAUGACAUGUUUGGAGUCACUUCUUAGAAAAGGGAAAAUCCGGAAAUAUUUUCUAACAAUUUUUUUUAGUCUAUGGGUCAUUGUUUGGAUUUAUUUAUACUCUGUUGUGUCAAAACAAUUUCAAGUGAUUGAAAAUUUAAAGAAUGGAAACCAAAAUAUUCAUAAAUUAAAUCGAAAAAAUAAAGAAGAUAUGAAGACGGAUCUAAUUAAGGACUUAAAGGCCACGGUAAGUGCACCUAAUUCCCGCAAAGUAGAUGUCAUUAUGUUAAAAUUGUGGCCAACUUUGGACACGAGAGAAGUUCAAAAAAGGAAAAUGAAUUUUAACUCUCGCCAAUACCCUCUAGAAGUAGACUUUUCUCAAUUAACAAAGGCUGUACUAAAUGGAAAGAAAAUAGGGAACCACCGAAUCAAUCCACAUCCUUAUAGGUAUGUCUAUACGGCUGCAGACAGGUGUAAGAAAAAGAAGCUAAGUUUAGUGAUUCUCACUAAAUCAAAAGCAUCAAAUUUUGAAAUGAGAAAUGCAAUUCGGAAGACAUGGGGACAUAUGACGGAUAGUGAUAUAACAAUAGUGUUCAUGCUUGGUCACAUUGCUGGCUUGGAGGCUAAAAUCAGAAAUGAAUCGGAUUCCUAUACAGAUAUUGUUCAAGAGGACUUUAUAGAUAGCUACAAGAAUAACACCCUGAAAACAACCAUGGCAUUUAAUUGGGCAGCCGAGUUCUGUCCAAAUGCAGAUUUUAUUCUUUAUGUUGAUGAUGAUGUAUUUGUUAAUCUAGAAAACGUCAAGAAGUACAUAGAACGUAAAGAGAGAAGACGGGGGUUGUUGGCUGGGCAGUUACUUCGCUUCUCAACUCCUUAUAGGGAUGAAGAUUCCAAGUGGUUUGUUUCAUGGAAGGAAUAUCCUUUUGACAAAUACCCUCCUUAUCUUGGGGGAUUCUUUAUUCUGACGUCACAGGACGUGACUUCAUAUUUCAGCAUUGCUAUUCCCUACAUUAAAGCAAUUCCUAUAGAUGAUGCUUAUCUCGGUAUUGUUGCUGCUAAACUGAAUAUCAUGCCUAAAAGUUGUCCUGGUUUGGUAAGAAAUAUGCCUGGAUCUGUAUCACACGCAGCUGUUACAAUGAACUUUAAAACAGUGAUUGGAUAUCAUUUGAUAACUUCACCGGAAUCUUUAUUAGCAACAUGGAACCUUUAUAAACAUUUUAAACAACCACAUUGAUAAUUUUGUGUGUGCAAAGAUUGUGUGCUAGGCUUUGUUAUGAUAAUUUAUUUGUGGUCGAGUAUCAUUGACAAGUUUUCUGUGUAUCAAAAGCUUUCAAAAAUUCUUGUUAAAAAAAAAACAAAUGUGUUAUGUAACACCUGUUGAUCAAUGUAUAUAAACUAAUGUUAUAAUGUUUUAGCUCAACUGAGCCGAAGACUCAAGUGACCUUUUCUGAUUGAAAUUUGUCCGUUGUCUGUCGUCGUCGUUGUCGUAAAUUUUUCAUAUUUUCAUCUUCUUCUCAAGAACCACUGGGCCAUGCAAUUUCAACCAAACUUACCACAAAGUAUUCUUGGGUAAAGGGGAUUCAAGUUUGUUCAAAUGAAGGGCCACGCCUUCUUCUAAGGGGAGAUAAUUAUGAUUUUGCGAAAAAUUAAUGGCAUCAUUUAAAAUCUUCUUCUCGAGAACCAAUGUGCUUGAAAGUAUGAAACUUAUGUCAUUGUGAGGUAGUGUAGAUUCAAGUUUGUUCAAAUUAUGACUCCCGGGGGUAGGGUGGGGCAACA